AUGGCUAUGAUUGAUGAACCUCUGUACCCGAUCGCUGUACUGAUUGAUGAACUGAAAAAUGAAGAUAUUCAGUUGCGCCUUAACUCUAUCAGAAAGCUUUCUACAAUUGCCCGUGCAUUGGGUGAAGAAAGAACAAGGAAAGAGCUGAUUCCAUUCCUUAGUGAAAACAACGACGAUGAAGAUGAGGUGCUUCUUGCAAUGGCAGAAGAGUUGGGCGUUUUUAUUCCUUAUGUUGGAGGUGUAGAGCAUGCACACGUUUUGCUUCCACCACUGGAAACAUUGUGUACUGUGGAGGAAACCUGUGUCAGAGACAAGGCUGUGGAAUCACUUUGUCGGAUAGGAGCACAGAUGAAGGAAAGUGAUAUUGUGGACUGGUUUGCCCCUGUCGUAAAGAGGUUGGCGGCAGGCGAGUGGUUCACAGCUCGAGUUUCGUCAUGUGGCCUUUUUCAUAUCGCCUAUCCUAGUGCACCUGAGCAACUGAAGGCAGAACUGAGGACAAUUUAUGGCCAGUUAUGCCAAGACGACAUGCCUAUGGUACGAAGAGCUGCUGCUUCUAAUCUUGGAAAGUUUGCUGCAACAGUUGAACAAAGUCAUUUGAAGACAGAAAUCAUGUCAAUAUUUGAUGAUCUAACUCAAGAUGACCAAGAUUCAGUGCGACUAUUGGCGGUUGAGGGUUGUGCUGCUCUUGGGAAGUUGUUGGAGCCCCAAGAUUGUGCAGCACAUAUUCUCCCAGUUAUUGUAAAUUUCUCUCAGGAUAAAUCUUGGCGUGUGCGCUAUAUGGUGGCAAAUCAACUGAUUGAGCUAUGUGAAGCUGUUGGUACUGAGCCCACAAGGGGUGAUCUGGUGUCAGCAUAUGUUCGCCUCCUCUGUGACAAUGAGGCUGAAGUGCGGAUUGCAGCUGCUGUAAAAGUUACAAAAUUCUGCAAAAUAUUAAACCCACAAAUUGCAAUCGAACAUAUUCUUCCAUGUGUCAAGGAAAAAUCAACAGAUUCAUCUCAACAUGUUCGUUCAGCUUUGGCAUCAGUUAUUAUGGGAAUGGCUCCUGUAUUGGGAAAGGAUGCCACUAUUGAACAACUUCUUCCCAUUUUUCUUUCUUUGCUGAAGGAUGAGUUCCCUGAUGUUCGACUAAACAUUAUAAGCAAACUUGAUCAAGUUAACCAGGUUAUUGGAAUUGACUUGCUGUCGCAAUCACUUCUACCAGCCAUUGUAGAGCUCGCUGAAGAUAAGCACUGGAGAGUUCGGCUUGCCAUAAUUGAGUACAUACCUAUGUUGGCCAGCCAGUUAGGUGUUGGUUUUUUUGAUGACAAGCUGGGGGCACUUUGCAUGCAGUGGUUGGAAGAUAAGGUUUUCUCAAUCAGAGAUGCUGCUGCCAACAAUUUAAAGCGUUUGGCAGAGGAAUUUGGCCCUGAGUGGGCGAUGCAGCAUAUAAUUCCUCAGGUUUUGGAGAAGAUAAACAACCCACAUUAUCUGUAUCGGAUGACCACUUUACAAGCUAUUUCUUUGCUAGCUCCUGUCAUGGGUCCUGAUAUCACAUGCCAACAGUUGCUCCCUGUUGUCAUUGCUUCUUCAAAGGACAGGGUUCCGAACAUGAAAUUCAAUGUUGCUAAAGUCCUGCAAUCACUUGUACCAAUCCUUGAUCAAUCUGUUGUGGAGAAUGCGGUGAAACCAUGCCUAGUUGAGCUCAGUGAGGACCCAGAUGUAGAUGUAAGAUACUACGCACACCAGGCCCUUCGGGCGUGUGACCAAAUGGUGAUAUCUAGCUGA